UGUGUUACUAUGUGUUUUCUUUUUGUAUCAUUUAAGUAAAGAAAUUGACGGUUUUAUAGUUAUUCGCAAAUUUACAGAAUGGGUCUUUUGAACGAUACAAAAAAUAGAAAGAAAAUGAGUGCUCUUUUAAUUCAGCAUUCGCAGAAAUUAAUAAUAUUGAGUUUCCUAUGCGGGCUAGUGUGGUUUAGCCUUUUAGCGUCUGACGUUUUCAAUAACAAAACGUAUUUUUCAGAAAAUGCAUUACUUCCGGGACUAGUGGUUAGGGAAUUUAAUCCCAGGUCAUCUCUGAAACGACUUCUGGAAAGUUUAAAAGAUGAAGCCAAGUCUCAUCCAUCAACUAUGCCUUCUGCUUGGAUACAAGCUCAGUUUCGUCAGAUAGGCCUAGACGUAUAUCAGAAUAACUUCUCUGUUCAGUAUCCUUUCGGGUCAAAGUUUAUCACGAAGGGUAAUAAUUUAUAUGCUAUACUACGUGCGCCGAAAGUUGCUAGCACCGAAGCGUUAGUUAUUUCGACACCGUACCGUGAUUUUGAUAGCAUUCAUAAAGAUACUCUGGCUUCAAUAGCUUUAAUGUUAGAACUUGCGGCAGCAUUUAGACGUCAUGCCUACUGGAGUAAGGACAUAAUAUUUCUAAUAACGGAACAUGAAAUGUUAGGUUUUCAAGCAUGGUUAGAUGCUUAUCAUGGAUUGUCAACAUCUGAAUAUAUCAUUAGCGAAAAAUUAAAAGGAACUAGCGGACUCAUACAAGGUGUUAUAAAUCUUGAAAUCAGCAGUGAUAAGAUCUACAAUAUUGAUAUAAAAAUUGAAGGAUUACAUGGCCAACUACCAAAUCUCGAUCUUUUUAAUUUAGCUGUAGAAUUGUGCACUAGAGAGCAAGUAGUGGCUACAUUUCAAUCUGAGUUCUAUUCAUACCCUUCAAAAUCACUAACAUGGAAAAACUGGAAGCAUAAUUUCAAAACUAUGGCACACAUGAUAUUAAUUCAGGCUACAGGACUCCCAACAGGUGGUCAUGGCUUAUUUCAUCGUUUUGGAAUUCAAGCUCUAACUCUGAAGUCAAUGGAGAAUCAGUCACAUGACUAUAAUGCAAUUUCUUUAGUACAGAUUGGUCGUGUGUUGGAAGGUGUAGUCAGAAGUCUUAAUAAUUUGUUGGAAAAAUUUCAUCAAUCGUUUUUCUUCUAUUUACUUCCAAGUAUACGAAAUUAUGUUUCCAUAGGACUUUACAUGCCUCCUUUUGCCUUGAUUGCUAUUCCUGUGCUGAUUAAAGCUUUAUAUUUAUACUUGAAAAUUCAGAAUUGCAAUUCAAAUCAAGAGAUUUGUCCUCGGUUUUCUGAUAUUAACUACUGGGUUGCUUGUGACAUAUUUACACUACAUUUGUUUUGUGGAACGUUAAUGCUCUUAAUACCAGUGCAUAUAGAUUAUGUUAAAGAUUAUUUGCAACUUUCGACUGAAGAUUCUUUGUAUUUCUGUCACAUUGUAUUUUGUUUUUUGUGGUUGGUUUUAACCUACUGUUAUAAUGCAAACUGUAAUUUGUCACACAAAGAGUUAUCUUACAAAAUGUGUGUAAUUUUGCUGAUGUUAGGAGGUUUCAUGUUUACCUUAGCUUUAGUAAAUAUUUCCUUUUCUCUUUUGUUUACAAUCCUUUAUGUUCCUAUAAGCAUUAGUCUGCAGUAUCGUGGCAAAUUUUCAUUUAUUCAAUACAUUUAUCUUUUAAUUGUAAAUCCUUUCAUUUUUACAUAUUUAAUUAUAGUUGUUCAGUCAUACAUUAUGGACAGUGACAUUGCAAUAUGGACUCAUUUGAUAAGAGCCAUUAAUGGUCACAAGAAAUUAAUUCUGUUCACUGUUGAAGAUAUGUAUUUCUUUAAUAACUGGAAUUAUAAGAUUGUUACUUUAAUUAUUUUUCCUUUAUGGUUUAACUUGUGGUCUUUAAAAAUAGUAAAUAUUAAUUGAAGUUCAAAAAUAUGUAUUG